AUGUCUUCGUCAGCUUCGUCCUCCAACAAGAAGGUUAUCGUCCUGAAAAGCUCCGACGGCGAGGUUUACGAGGUGGAUGAGGCGGUGGCGCUCCAGUCGGAGACCGUCAAACACUUGAUCGAGGACGGCUGCGCCGACAGCUGCAUCCCUUUACACAACGUUGAGUCGCAGGUACUCGUUAAGAUCAUCGAGUACUGCAAAAGCCACGUGAACGACGCCGCCAAGUUAGCGGAGGAUACCUGGCUCGACCGAUCGGCGGACACGAGCCGCUCGGAGUUCGACAAGACCUUCAUCGACGUCGAGGAUCAAAAGAUGCUUUUCGACCUCAUCCUGGCUGCAAACUACUUGAACAUUCCGAAACUCAUGGACUUGACGUGCAAAACGGUGGCUGACAUGAUGAAAGGCAAGACACCCGAGCAAAUUCGAGCAAAGUUCCAUAUCGUGAACGACUACACUCCGGAGGAAGAAGCUGAGGUUAGAGCGGAAAACGAAUGGGCUUUCCAGUGA